AUGGCCUCUUCAACACCAUUGGCGAAACGAUCCAUCUCUGAGCAAGAACCUCCGGGAGAUGAACCGUUAAGCUCGCCCGCAAAAAGGCGCCGGGUCAAUGCCGCUGAUAGAACGUCCAUUGAGACCACCGUCGUGCCCAAAGGCUCGGGAGACUUCAUACCCCAAUCUGUUUCCAAAAUAGAGGCGUCAAUCGAACGCGCCUUUAGCUUAAGAAGUUCAUUCGAGGAUGAUAAUUUGCCAAUAGAAUGCGAUUGCCCACCGUUGCGUGGCCGAUCCGACUAUCGCGUCUGGCGCCACCGAAUGAGGCUUGUUCUGAGGAACAAUCUGCUAUUGGAUUUGGUUGAGGGAAAAAUCGGUCAACUCCCUCCAUCCCACUACUUGGAACCCCAAUUAGACAGCCUGAACGAGGCAGCGAGGAAGAUUAUUAGUACAAAUCUAUCUGCCACUACCAGGCUGAUUGUUCGCAAGAUUCGAAACCCACAGAAGAUGUGGGAGAAGCUGGAGAAACACUGCAAACCUUCUGAUUGGAGUGUGGUGCGAUCUGGCUGGCUUGAGUUGCAAAAUAUCAAAUAUAGCCAAUGUUAUGAUGUCUGGGAGUAUGUGUCUAAGGUGGACGAUGCAUGGAGAUGCAUCUGCCUUGAUCAUGAAGACAUUCUUGAAAAACAUGAAUUCGCCCGUUGUGCAAGCCUCAUGUGCUCUUUGGAUACACCUAAGUGGGAAACUUGGAAGAUGGGGUUUCUCUCUGGUCGCAGUAUCAAUAUACCGAGCUGGGCAGGCCUAGUGGAGAGUUUGACAUCGGCCGAGGACAAUGGCAUUGUAUCCGAUUUGAUUGGCAUUGCGAUCUGA